GGAGCGCUUUAUCCACUCAUACAAACAAAGCUAGCUAGCUGAUGAUUGACAAUUCAGUCAUAAAUCUGUUCUGCGCAUCUUCACAUCACUUCACAAGGUGUUAUCAUGGCCAAACAAACUGAUGACAUCCCCUUGGUAAUGGGCCACGCCUUCACAGACCACCACACGUUUCAUCAUUAUUCAGAAAUGAAUAAAGAAAGGAUCUACAUGGACUAUAAUGCCACUACGCCACUGGAACCAGAAGUAAUCCAGGCCAUCACAGAGGCCCUGCAGGAUGCCUGGGGAAACCCCAGCAGCAAUUAUAUAGCAGGUGCUAAGGCCAAGGCAAUGAUCAACCAAUCCAGAGAGAGUGUGGGGAGUAUGGUAGGAGGUAGAGCAGAGGACAUCAUUUUCACAUCUGGUGGAACAGAGGCCAACAAUCUGGUGCUCAACACAGCUGUCGAACACUUCAGGAGAAACUACAGGGCUGCAGAGCAAGGAGAAGGGCACCAUAAUGGAAGCAUUGCCUGCCUUCCUCACAUUAUCACCUCUAAUGUGGAACAUGACUCGGUUAAACUAGUAGCUGAGCACCUGCAGAAAAAUGGCAAGGCAGAUGUGACAAUUGUGCCUGUGUCGAGGGUGACAGCCCGGGUAGAGGUGGAGGAUAUUAUUGCUGCAGUUCGUCCUAAUACCUGUCUCAUCUCUGUCAUGCUUGCCAACAAUGAGACAGGAGUCAUCAUGCCUCUCCAAGAGAUCUGCCAGAGAGUAAAAUCUCUGAACAAGCAGGGGGAGCGGCUGAGGAUCCUGCUGCACACUGAUGCUGCUCAGGCUCUGGGGAAAAUCCGAGUUGACGCCUGUGAACUCGGAGUGGAUUAUCUCACCAUAGUGGGGCACAAGUUCUACGCCCCUCGGAUUGGCGCUUUGUAUGUGAACGGCCCCGGAACAAAAACGCUGCUGUACCCGAUGCUGUUUGGAGGAGGACAGGAGAGAAACUUCAGACCUGGCACAGAAAACACGCCAAUGAUUGCUGGUCUGGGAAAGGCUGCAGAAUUAGUGACCGCUAAUCUGUCUGAUUAUGAGAGUCACAUGCGAAGUAUCAAACUUUACUUGGAGGAACGGCUGAAGGCUGUCUUUAAAGACAAAAUCUGCUUCAACAGCCAUUACCCUGGCUCUGAUAUCCUCCCUAACACAUGUAACGUGUCCAUCCUGGGCUCUGGAUUACAAGGGUGGAGGGUAUUGUCCAACUGUGAGAGGCUGUUGGCCAGCGUUGGUGCCGCCUGCCAUUCAGUCAAUGGACACAGGCCCUCCCAUAUCCUCCUGAGCUGCGGCGUCCCCACACAGGUGGCAGCUAACGCCCUUCGGUUGAGUGUGGGCAGGGGGACGACUAAAGCAGACGUGGAUGCAGUCGUGGACGAUCUAAGGGAAACAGUGCAACUGCUGGAAGAAGCACACUGAUGGCAUGAACAGUCAUCCUGGAGGUCAAAUGAGGAUGUACAUAAUUAAAAAUACAUCUGUGUUUAUGGUUUCAUUAACUGAGCGUGUAAAAUGGAUGAAAUAUUUAAUAUAAGUAAUAAAAGGGGAAGAACUG